GAAGAAACUCGUGAUACCGAGAGGUUGGCAACGGUGGUGGCGGCUGCUGCAUACUGGGUGGUGGUGGUGGUGGUGCGCCCUGACACAGUGGUGGAACGAAGGCAGGAAGGACACGACCGUGAGAAGAAAGAGGGUUGUUAUGGGGCGAGAUUUCCGUGGCGUGUUGUUACUUGUCGCACUGGCCGCGCUGGCAGCCGCGGAUGCCUUUUCAAUUGACAGUAAACUAGCCUGUCCUUUGAGACAAUUUCGAUGCGCCAAUGGCAGAUGCAUUCCAAUCUCGUGGGUCUGCGAUAAAUCGGACGACUGUACCGACAAUUCCGACGAAAGCCCGGAGGAGUGUAAAUACGCCCAGGAAUGCAAGGAUUCGGACUUCAAGUGCACCAACGGCAGAUGCAUACCGAAUAUAUGGCAUUGCGAUGGCGAUCGAGAUUGUCCGGAUGGCGCCGACGAGGAUCCUGCAGUCUGCAGAGCGAUACCAUGCAGCGAAACGGAGUUCCAGUGCAAUCCGGGCGAGUGCAUUCCGAAGACCUGGUUGUGCGAUCAUCAGACAGAUUGUACCAAUGGUUUGGACGAGAAGAAUUGUCAUAGAUCCAAGAGCUGUACGCCGGAACAAUUCACAUGCCAUUCGGGAAAUGGCGAAUGUGUGGCAUUAACAUGGAUGUGCGACGACAACCCGGACUGUUCGGACGGUUCAGACGAGGCUGAGUGCAACGACACUUGCCGGUCUGACGAGUUUACUUGUGCGAAUAAGCACUGUAUCCAGCAGCUUUGGGUGUGCGACAACGAUAACGAUUGCGGGGAUAACAGCGACGAGAAAGCUUGUGGGCCGACAACUUGUAAUCCUGGCACUGAUUUCGCGUGUUCCGAGAAUUAUUGUAUAACUUCGCGAUGGAGAUGCGACGGCGAUUAUGAUUGUCCCGAUCGAUCCGACGAAAUAGGAUGCAAGGAAUCUGCGAACAAAGAGAGAAUUAGCCAUUGCGAUAAGGAGUUUGAUUGCGACGAUGGCGUUACUUGCAUCCAUCAGACAUGGGUGUGUGAUGGUGAGAAGGAUUGUCCGAAUGGUGCGGACGAAUCUCCACAGAGAUGUCAUAAUGUUACCUGCAGGUCUGAUCAAUUUCAAUGCGAAGAUCGACGUUCUUGCAUCUCAGGUCACCUAUAUUGCAAUGGUAAAGCGGAAUGCGCCGACGAAAGCGACGAGAAGAAUUGCACAAGCAAAAUCGUAAGCUGCGAUCGAUGGAGUCAAUUCGAAUGCAGUGAGGGCUCGUGCAUUCCUAUGGAGAAUGUCUGUAACAAAAAUCCAGAUUGCAUCGGCUGGGAAGAUGAGAGCACUGAGCUUUGCGCAAUAAAUGAAUGUGCGAUAAACAAUGGUGGAUGCUCACAGAUUUGUGUCGAUCUGCCUAUUGGUUAUCGAUGCGAUUGUCACGCGGGUUAUAGACUCAUCAACAACCGUACAUGCGAUGAUAUUGACGAAUGUUUGGAGCCUGGUAGCUGCUCUCAGUUUUGCCACAAUGAGAAGGGCAGCUUCAAGUGUAGUUGUGCCACUGGUUAUCUUAAAGAUCCACGGAACUCGACACGUUGUAAAGCUGCGGAAGGUCACGCGAGCCUAUUGUUCGCUCGUCGACAUGAUAUCCGAAAAGUAGCUCUGGACCGUCAAGAAAUGACUGCCAUUGUUAAUAAUACAAAAAUGGCAACAGCUUUGGACUUUGUUUUUCGUACUGGGAUGAUCUUUUGGAGCGAUAUUAGCGAAAAGAAAAUUUACAAAGCUCCAAUAGAUGAAGGAAAUGAGCGCACAGUCGUUAUCGAGAACGAUCUCACUACAUCGGAUGGAUUGGCAGUUGAUUGGAUUUACAGUCACAUUUAUUGGACAGACUCUGGAAAAGAUACCAUUGAAUUGGCCAAUUUUGAAGGAAAUAUGAGAAAGACUCUGAUACAAGAUCGCAUUCAAGAACCUAGAGCAAUAGCUUUGAAUCCUUUAGAAGGUUGGAUGUUUUGGACAGAUUGGAGUGACGAAGCUCGCAUCGAACGAGCCGGCAUGGAUGGCACUCAUCGAUCAGUGAUUGUUGGCAAUGAUGUGAAAUGGCCUAAUGGCUUAGCUCUAGACUUGAUCGGCAAGAGAGUAUAUUGGGUAGAUGCAAAGUUGAAUAUCAUAGGGUCCUGCAAUUAUGAUGGUACUGGUAGACGAACGGUUCUUUAUUCUCCGAAUAAUCUCAGACAUCCCUUCAGUAUUACAACUUUCGAGGAUUAUAUAUACUGGACCGAUUGGGAUAAGGAAACGAUUUUCAAAGCAAAUAAAUUUACCGGGAAGGAAGUGGAAGCCGUAACGUCGAUCAGAACGCUUCAACAUCCGAUGGUAGUCCAUGUAUAUCAUCCUUAUAGACAGCCUGAUGGAAUGAAUCAGUGUCAGGCUGUCAACGGGCAUUGCAGUCAUCUAUGUUUGCCGGCACCUAAAAUCAACUCCAGAUCGCCACUGUUGUCAUGCGCGUGUCCCGACGGUUUACGGCUAUUGCCUGAUGGAUUGAUGUGCGUGGAAAAUGUUACUACGACCAUAGCACCGUCCACGCAAGCAGCAAUGAUGCCGUUCCAGAGGCUUGAACCUCUGAAUGUUACAACGACUCUCAAUCCAUUAUCCGCAGCAGAUGCAAAUGGAAAGAAAAAUUUAGCAACCGAAUCAACAGAUCCUGGCUUAGUCGCCGGUAUUGUGAUAGGCGUAGUGUCUUUAGGACUAUUAUUACUCGCACUUGUGGCGGUACUUUGCUACAGGCAUUAUCUUCAUCGUAAUGUCACUAGUAUGAACUUCGAUAAUCCCGUCUAUAGAAAGACUACGGAGGAUCAGUUUAGUCUUGAAAAAAAUAGGUUUCCGCUUCCCGCAGCUACAGUUGGAGAGGAGGCUCAGGAACCAUUGACAAGUCCUGGAACAAACGAUUAUGUUUAAGAUUCAAUCUGUCUUCACGCAGAGGGCUUAACAGGCUACUGAAGUACUAUAUCGACCAAGUGAUAAAACCAUGUAAAGAAAACCGAGAUAUUUGCGUCGAAAGGGUUUCUCCAAACGCAUCAUGCCUGCGCUCGCUCGCGAACCUGCCAACCAACUGUGAUUAUGUUUAUUUUUUUGUAUCUAUUUCUUUACAAAUUUUAACACUUUGUCACUCAGAUAUAUGUAUAUUAUACGUUGCGUGUGUAACAUAUUUAGAUUUGUGCUCAUAAGCGGCAUAAAGGGAGAAAUAUCUAAACAAACUGUUGCCAAAUAAGCCAUCUUAUCUUCAUGAAUCCAAGUAGUUUGAUAAGAGAGUUUAAGAUUCCUAUUUAAUAUUUUUCCCACUCAGUUAAACACACACACACAACAUAUAUAAUUUGUAAUAUAACAUUUUUAAAUGAAUUUGUAUAACAUGGCCUAGCGCACGUAGCGUGUGAUUCUACAUGCGCUAUGUAUAUGUAAGAAAAUAUCACAAUUUGUUAUUGUUUAAUUAUUUAUUUAGGGAUAUGUAGUGUGAAUGCAAACUACUAUUUUUUUGGUAGUCUUUAGGAACAAGAUAUUACUUUUUUUAGUAGUAUCUUGUAGAAGUAAUAUGUAAAUAACGCGAAAUCUUAUAUAUAACUCUUCUCCUUUUUUCCCGUGAUGUUUGAACUAUUUACAAAUUAUUAGACGAGAUGUUAAAACAUGAUAUAGAAGUUAUAGUGCAUUCUGUGAAAUAAAUUAUUAUCAAAGUAAAGUAAAGAAUAAGCUAAUAUGAUUUAUAUUAUAUCUAUUAUUAUGUGCAUAAAAAUUAUACAUAAGAAAAAGAAAACGCUUUUGAUUCAAGAACAUUUUUGAUAAUCAGGAUUUUAUUAUAUAUUAUCGUUUUGAUAAUGAUUAGAUUAUUAAUUAUAUGUAUUUAUAUUAUUUCUUUUAUUAAUUAUUUAAAGAGAAAAUUGAAAUCUGCAAGUAGAAAAAAAGCUGCAUUGAAAGGAUAUUCUCCUUUUAUGUCUAUAAAAUGCAUAUAAUGCCAUAUAGACAUAUAUGUCACAUAUGUCUAUAUUUUUAUGGAUGGUCAACAUUGCAGUGAAUGAAAAUUGCUCCAGAUAUUAUGUUAUUAUUUAUAUGUGCAAUGUAACAAAAGAGAAAGCGAUCAUUGUAAUGAUAUGAGCUCAAUGACAUUAAAUGUGACUGUGCGUUCGUUAAAAGGAAAAUGUUGUCAGGUACUAUAAUCUACUAAAGAAAUCAGUGUAUUUAUAUAGAAUUAUUGCGUCGGGCUUAAGAGUUUUAUUUACAAUAUAAAUAUGAGUAUGUAUGUGUAUAUAUAUAUGUAUAUAUACACAUACAUAUAUGUAUACAUAUGGAGUGUUACAAAAAUUGUAUAUAAAAACAUUGCAGCCAAAAAAUUAUCAAAAAAUUGAGUCAUAAAAGCACAAUUCCUUUAAAAAAAAUACAAUUCCUUUUUUAUUUGAAACAAUAAUUUUUUUAAAUAUAAAUCUAAAUGAUUUGAUCAGAUGUUAAAGAUAAUAAAUUAUUUGAAUAGAAAAAAAAAGAAAAAAAACUGGUGUGUGAUCACUAGCAUCAUUUAUGCGAUUUUCAUGGAUAGAUAACUGUUUCAUAAUUUAUAUAAUUUUAAAAAAAUUUAUAUUUAAAAAUAUUAAAUUUGAAAUAAACGUGUAAUAUUUUUUAUAUUCCAUUUUUGUAAUAACCUAUAUAUGUACAUAUAAAGGAUGUUCUAACAAAGGAUGUUCUAACAAAGGCAUGUAUCAGUAACGAAAUUAUAUAUAUUCUCAACGAAAGUUUGAACAGACAUUUUUCGUUUAAUCUGUUUAACAUUGUUCCUAUUUUUGUUUAUAUUUUCUACUAUCAAUUUUAAUUAAGUUAAAUUUCGAUAAAAUUUCUAUUUGAAAAAAGAUGCAUCAAUAAGGCACUGCUGAUCCAUAUCUUUCUUUAGAAUAUAUCCUACCUAUGUAUAUUUAUUAUAUAUCAUACUAUUACUAUAUUAAAUGUGAGACAAAUGCGUUCUAUUAGAUAAGUUUAUUAAGAGAUAUUGUAAUAUUAGAUUGAUAAAAAAACUGUGUAUGUUGACAGAUAGCAGAUCGUUUUCACAUAAAUACAAGAUUGUAACAACAUUUUCAUACUUUUGGUAAAAUAUGUCUGAGAAAGUUAAUUUAUGACUCUCAAUAAUUUAUAGGUAUUUUAUCUGGUCUUAUCUCUAUGGGACCAAAGAACUUUAUAUCCAAAACAUGAAUAAUUUCUCAUCUUUAUUUUCCCGUAAAGAUUAAACAGUCAUCAGAUAUAAAGAAAAGAGAAAAGAUGAAAGUGCGCAUAAUUUUUCUGAAAGAAAAAUAUUAGUGCAGUUUUGGCACUUGACUUUUCUCUAUAUUGAUUAACAGAUAUCUUUCUAUAUCGUUGUUUUGAUUUCUAUCUUGAUUGAUGAAUGUCAAUUCUAUAUGAUACCGAGCCAUUUCUACCAACUUUUCCAUCCACAAUCGGCUGUCUGUUAACAGGUACAUAGUGCAAUCGUAAGUGCAAGAAAGCAAAGUCCAAAAUUAAGAUAUAGAGGCUUGGUGGUAAUUUUAAUCAAAAAAAUAGGAAGCGUAUGUGUGAUGAGAAAGUUGCAAUUAACUUGUAAAUCGUAAAGAUAUAACUUGUCCUAGCCAAUCUAUUUGCCAAAAUUGUGUCAAACAUUAUUUCUAUGCAACGUAUGUAUAUGUACAUAUAUGUACAAUAGGACUCUAAAAUAGAUCAUCAAACUUUGCAGAUAUUUUCUUGGAUCAAUUUUAAAUCGAUUUUUUUUUAGCAAACAUGUCAAUAAUUCUUUAUUUAUAUAAGCGAUCUAUAAUUUUUUUACAAUUAAGGGAAACUUUUUUACAAUUAAGAGAAACCUAAAAAUAUUUAAAUAUAUAACGAAAUCUUUCUUUCUGUCUCUCUUGGUUUAAUUUAAAUAUAAUUAACAGAAAAUUUAAAUUUGAAUAAUAAAAAAUAAAAUAUGAUAUUUAAUUAAAUUGCUGUUAAAAGAAAAUCAAUUUCAAUUGGUCACAGACUAUAUCUAUAAGAUUUGGUAACUUACUUUAGAAUCAUUCUGUAUGUAUAUACAGGGUGAAUCACACAUACACAUAUACACACGUAAUGUGUUUAUAUUUGAAAUAUCUUUGAUGUAAUGGUAUCAUUCAUUCAUAAUUCACUCUGUAUACAUAUUCGGAGUACACGCGUACAUAAAUAUAUAUUUAAAAAAUAUAUAUAAUUUAUUAUAAUGAGAUUAUUGUAUAAAUAAAUAUAAACUAAAUUGCAGUAA